CUGACCAAGGAGUUCAAAUGCGGAAAUUCCCAAAGCAAGUUAGUAUCCUUUGCCAGAAGCACUGCUUACCUGCUUGCUACCAUGACUGAUGAAACAGAUAGUAUAAUUCAUGGCAAUCUUGUGAAUAAUGAAGGUUUUCAAAAUGUCAGCAAUUGUGAUAAAGAUAAUGAAAGUCAGCAAUUAGGAGAGAGUUGGUUUUCACCACCAAUUACAUCAACUCAAAUAGUGUCAUUUGAUUUGAUAAGUUCUGAUGGAGAUUUUUCACAAGAUGAACUGCUCUUAGGCAAUGAGAAGCAUUCAGCAGAUGGGACAAUUUCAUCGGAUGAGAUUAUGCUAUUCACAGAUCCUGCUUACUUACUAGCUCUUUCACCUCUCUGUGACCAGACCAAUGUUUCUGAAACUCCCCCUCCACAAGGGGAAUCCCUAAAUUGGGAAAACAGAAAUGUUACAGAUUAUCUGUUUAAUAGCAGUAAUUUAAUAACCGUUGAGUCUUCAAAUAAUAUUUCAAUCCAAACUAUUAGAGCGCCUUCAAAAAGAAUGUUCCUUCAAGAAAAAAGCAAGAAAUCAGCUAAGAUAAAGAAACCAAAAGUAGAAGGUUACAGUUGCAAGCUGAAUGGAACAAUGUAUCAAGUUUUUAGUAGGGAUUUGGAUGUACUUGAAGCCAUUGAAAGAGGACUUAAAGUAAUACAAGAGAAGAUUCGUCAACAGGGAAUGUGUAAUGUGAGGCCUCUUUGUCUACAACUAAAUCAAAUUGAAACGAUGAUGGGUAUUCUUGAUAAUGAACAGCUUGAACUAGGGAUGCCUCUUGAGGUAUGGAAGGAAAUGAUGGCACUUACCAAAGCUAUGUUUAAUGAAACUCUACAUGAAGUUAAUCUAUGCAAAAAAAAAAGAUUUGAACUUGAAACCUUCACUGAUGAGUUGACCACUUCCUUUUCACAUAGCUUCAACAUAUCUGGUUCUGAGCAGACCAAAGAGAAAUCAAGUCAGCAGCCACUCACCUUUAACAAAAGAGAUGAAAACACUGAAAAAAUCCUUGUUAGAACUCCAGACGCAACAGCAUCACAUUUCGAAUCCCAAGUAUUGAGAAAUGACAUGACAGUUGAAAUUGAGCAAGAAGAGAAUGGUAUCCAAUUGUCUGGAGUAUCGCAGCAGUUAAACGACACAAUUACGCAAGAAUCCGCUAAUGAAAUCCCCAAGAAGACGCCAACCCAAACAACUUUAAGAAAGCAACGAUCAUUGAGAAGCUUAAAGAAAAAAUCCUCCAAGAAAUCUUAUGCACCCAAUACAAGCGGAACAUGUGAGGAAAGCCAUAAAUCAACUUUACCUCGAAAAAAUGUUCUCCGAAUGGAUACCUCGACAGACGGUUUCCGGCGUCCUGAUGAAGUUGAUUUGAACCUUCCGUUAGCUGAAGAUUCCAUCCACGAAAGAAACCCUUUACAGACACUUGCAAUGCCAUCGACUGACACCACCAUACCGAUCAGCGGAAACUACUUGGAAAUCUGUCGAAAUUCCUUCAGUUCCACCCUCAAUGCAAAUGAAUCGCUGUUAUCUCAAAAAAAAUUGCAGGUUAAUGACUCACAAUUGAAUCCUGUUCGCGUCACCAUCAGCAACGGUUUCAAUUCAUCACAGCAAAUGGAAGAAAUUGUUAUCGCAGAGAACGUAAAUGCUACCAACUACCAAGAUGAAUCCUUUAUUGUUGAAGCCUCACAGAAUUCGACGCUCUCUUUGUUCAGUGGAAACCGGAAAUGUUUACCCAAAAUAGUGAUGAUGAGUUUCAACCUGCAUCCAUUUGUCCUUAAAGGAGUUUUAUCCCCUGGCAAAAAUAACAUGAAAAUGAACAUUAACAAUCGCAUAUACAUAGGAUCUCUAACACCUGAUGGGACAAUUGAAAUGAACGGUUUCAGUUUCCCGACAAUAGGAAAUUGGAUAAAGUCCGUUGAAGGGAAAAGGUUUGGAUGUUUAAGUCGUACAGUUCAGAAAACUUUGGAACUGCAGUACAAUGGCAAACCUCUAGUAGAAGUGCUUGACGAAGGAGGGAAAUUAAACAAAUCACUUUUGAAGGACAACGUCGAAAUUUCUCCGAGCAAUUUCACUCAAUAUCCCACAUUACAACCUCCAAAAGCAGAUAGCAAUCUUCCACCGAAAACAGCUCCAGUUAUCCCUGUUCAAAACCCGCCUUCACAUCCACAAACCACAGACGAAGUUGGCCAGAAAAACGCAAAAUCGAAUAAUGAUUUGAAUACUAAAGAAGAUCUGCAACUAGUUCCCGACGAGAUGACACGUCACAUCAAAACCAUUUUUCUUCACGCUCCAGAUGAGUAUUUUCCCAUUUGUCAGUGCGUUGAACAGUACUGGUGCGGUGCACAACCCUUUCCAAAACACCUUUUAGACGAAGUCGAUUCUUGGUAGUUUAGUCGGUCUUAAUCUAUUUUCUUGUGAAUUUUCGUUCGAAAAUAAAAUGCUGUUCAAUAAACACAUCGUAUUGACUG